UUCUCCUCCCCCCCCCCGUCCCGGUGCGGCGCGGUCCAGCGGAGCGGCCGGGAGGCGCCCGUCACCUUCAGCGCGGCCGUCCCGGGCGGGAGGCUCCGCCAUGGUGCUCAUCAAGGAAUACCGUGUUAUCCUGCCUGUGUCUGUGGAGGAGUAUCAAGUGGGACAGCUGUAUUCUGUGGCAGAAGCCAGUAAAAAUGAAACUGGUGGAGGUGAAGGAGUAGAGGUCCUGGUGAAUGAACCCUAUGAGAGGGAUGGAGAGCGUGGGCAGUACACACACAAGAUCUACCACUUACAGAGCAAAGUGCCAACAUUUGUGAGAAUGCUGGCCCCUGAAGGAGCUCUGAAUAUACAUGAAAAAGCAUGGAAUGCCUAUCCCUACUGCAGAACUGUUAUUACAAAUGAAUAUAUGAAGGAUGAUUUCCUGAUCAAAAUUGAAACCUGGCAUAAAUCAGAUCUUGGAACGCAAGAAAAUGUUCAUACACUGGAUCCAGAUGUAUGGAAGAAUGUAGAAGCUAUUUACAUAGAUAUUGCUGAUCGAUCUCAAGUACUUCCCAAGGAUUAUAAGGCAGAGGAAGAUCCAGCAAAAUUUAAAUCUGUCAAGACUGGACGUGGACCUCUGGGUCCCAACUGGAAGAAGGAGCUGGGGAAGCAGACAGAUUGUCCAUACAUGUGUGCUUACAAAUUGGUAACAGUCAAGUUCAAGUGGUGGGGUCUACAAAAUAAGAUUGAGAACUUUAUACAGAAGCAAGAAAAGCGUCUCUUCACAAACUUCCAUCGGCAGCUCUUUUGCUGGCUUGAUAAGUGGGUUGAUCUGACUAUGGAGGACAUCCGUAGGAUGGAGGACGAGACCAAGAGACAGCUGGAUGAGAUGAGAGAAAAAGAUCCAGUGAAAGGAAUGACAGCUGCAGAUGACUAACGUGACUUCUUCCUUGUGCACUUUUGCAAGACAGUCAUCAGGAAGGCCUGGGGAAUCCACAUUCUUUGACUGAGGACCAUCUCUGGAUCAAGCCUUUCUAUAUCCAAUCGGCAGGCGAUUUUAAAUCUCCCAUAGCUAAUUCUAGAUGCCCUUUAAUAUUGUGAGCAAAUAGACCGUCUGGUACCAAGCACUCCAAUGUUAGCACGUAUAUGAAGGAGGUAGCUCCUUGGAGACGUGUGACUUAGAGAUCGCUGUAUUUACGACUCCUCCCUCCUUUUUUUCAUUGUGUUCAGACCAAUUUCCAUGUGGCCCUGUUUGAUUUCCAAGUGACAUUUUUAGCUAAAAUAGUCUUGUGAUGUGGUGACUUAGAUUUUUUUU